AUGCCAAAGCAAAAGAAGGAAAAUUUUCCAUUUCCUGAGAUACCGCCGGAGUUGGCACAUCAUACUCCUUCUGUUCCUUUUCCUCAAAGGCUCAAAAAGCAAAAUCAGGAUAAUCAAUUCAUGAAAUUCCUUGAUGUAUUUAAAAAACUGCACAUUAACAUUCCUUUUGCAAAUGCCUUGCAGAAAAUGCCAAGCUACACUAGGUUCCUCAAGGAAAUACUGUCAAACAAAAGAAAGUUGGAAGAGGAAGAAACAAUGAAGCUUACAGAGGAGUACAGUGCCAUUUUGCAGAAGAAGCUACCACCGAAACUCAAAGAUCCGGGGAGUUUCACUAUCUCUUGUGUCAUAGGAGAUAUUACAUUUGAUAGAGUUUUAUGUGAUUUGGGUGCUAGUAUUAACCUAAUGCCUUUUUCUGUUUUCAGGAAACUAGGGAUUUGUGAAGUGAAGCCUACAACCGUAUCCUUGCAGCUUGCAGAUCGAUCCAUCAAGCAUCCAAGGGGCAUUAUUGAAGAUUUACUGGUUAAAGUGGAUAAAUUCAUAUUUCCUACAUAUUUUGUUGUGUUGGAUAUGGAAGAAGACAAAGAGAUACCUCUCAUCUUAGGACGACCAUUUCUUGCUACCAGAAGAGCCUUAAUUGAUGUACAAGAGGGGAAGUUGAUCAUGAGGGCACAAGAUGAAGAAGUGACAUUUAAUGUCCUCGAGACUCUAAAAUUUCCAUCAAAGCAAGAUUCAUGUUUCAAAAUUGAAUUGGUGGAUUAG